AUGGAUUAUGUUGUUGGACCUGUCCAGUUGUCUGACAUACAGGAGGCCAGUGAGUACAUGAAAGGGAAACUACAACCAUCACCUUUAGUUCAACUCUGGGAACAUAAAGAUAUCUUUUUAAAGUUGGAAAAUUUACAACCAUGUGGUUCAUUUAAACUACGAGGUGCAUUAAAUGCUAUUAGAAAGAUACCGAUAGAAACUUUAGAACUUGGGAUUUGCACUGCUAGCACUGGUAAUUUUGCUAAAUGUUUGGCUUGGAUUGCAAAUACCAUGGACAUUCGUUGUAAUGUUCUAGUACCAAGUCACAUUCCAAUGAACCAAUUAUCAGCAAUUGAGGAACUGGAUGGAAAUAUAACGAAAGUGGAGCUCGAUGAAUGGUGGGAGGCAAUUGAGACGCAUAUCUAUGAAGGAAUGCAGGGAAAAUUAAUUCAUGCUGUCUGUGAACCAGAUGUUAUAGCAGGUGUUGGCACAAUAGGUUUGGAGAUAGUGGAUUGUAUACCUGAUAUCAGUAACAUUAUAGUUCCCUAUGGAGGAGGAGGUCUGAUUUGUGGCAUAGCUAUAGCUGCCAAAUCACACAAUCCAAACAUCAAAGUCUAUGCAUGUGAAGUGGAGACAGCAUGUCCGUUGAAGGCAGCAUUACAAGGUGAGGAACCAGUCACAUUCUCUUAUCAGACAAGUUUUGUAGAUGGUAUUGGAGUAAAAUCUAUUCUUCCUGAAAUAUGGCCUCUGGUUAAAAGUCUUGUGACAGAUUCGAUUGUUGUUAGUUUACAGGAAGUGGCUGAUACAGUUAAGCUUUUGAGCGAAGGAAACCACGUAAGGGCAGAGGGAGCAGGCGCUGCUACCGUAGCUGCAGCGAUGAAAGGUGUUGUGGGUGUUGGGAAAACAGCAUGUAUAAUAUCAGGUGGCAAUAUAGAUACAGAUAAAUAUAUACAGUGUUUACAGGGAACUGUACCAAUUUGAUAGCAUAAAUGCAGCUGUAGUAAAGAUGGAUGUUAGACGGAAUAAAGGCAACAGUAGUAUACCGCUGUUCAAUAGUCAUAAAUCGAUUUAACUGAAACAAAUGCGGGUCACAAACCAAAACCGAGGGAAACACAUCAACUAUAAAAGGAAAACAACGGAACUACAGAAACACUGAACUGCUACAAAAAACAAACGCCAACAUACAUAGAAACAGACUAUUUGAUAACUACUGCAAUAUUCCUGACUUGGUACAGGAUAUUUUAAGAAAAAAAAUGGUGGGUUGAACCGGGUUUUAUGGCUAGCAAAACCUCCCGCUUAUAUGGCAAUGUUAAAAAUACCGCUCAAAUGACAACAUUACGUGACAGGAAUACAUUACAACUAAACGCAAGAACACUCAGGACAGAGACCUACACAAAUAAAUAAUAUAAUAGUACAUUACAACAUGUAAACCACAGAAUAACAACGGACACCUCCCAUUUACACCACAAUAGAAUUAUGAACUGUGCGUCAUACGAAUGUAUCAAC